CCGGACUUGUGUUGAAGCGGGUCUGCGGUUGUGGGGCUGGGAGUGGGAGAGGCCCCGGUCUGCGGGGCUGGGAGCCGGGACAAGGCCCCGGCCUGUCGGGCGGGUACAAGUUCCCAUCGUCCUGCAGUGAGAAACUGAUUUGGGGAAAAACCUCACAGCUGGAAGUGAACAGCAGCUGAAGACUCGGGAACAGCAACAAGGGAACCAGCCCCGGAACUGAGAGAAGCAACUGGAGAGAACCCUUCUGAUCCAGAGCUUCCAUCAAUUCAGUUGGGAGAAAGCUUGAAUGCCAGAAUCUGACACCUGUCCCCAAAAUGGCUGAACGAGUGGGCAGGGGAGGAGUUCCAGUGAGAUCAACAGGAAAGGCCACGGGUCCAGACUCUGAGAUCACCGAGCUCCUGGCAGAUUGGAAUGAUUUCAAACUGCUCCAGUUGACAGAUUUUUACCGGGACAGGCUGCAACAGGCGAUGGAAGGAGGGGUGCACGGAGUCAGCUCAGCGUUAACGUACGAGAAUCAGUUCAGUGGUUGGGAACAUCGGAAAGUUACUGAGCUCGCUGAUAAAGGAGAGCGAGCGGACAGUUCCAAACUCCUCCUGAACCUGGUGAUGGAGAAAGGUUCCCGGGCCCGGAGAGUGAUGUGGGAAACCUUUGUGAAAAUGCGGAACGGGGUCCCGAAGUUGGACAAAAUACUGAAAGAAAUACAGGAAUAUGGGUGUGUUCCGUAUGAUCGAGCAAACAUCGCUCAAGGUUUACCAGGGGUGCCCAGUGAGCUGAAAGAUGUUCAAUGGAAACACAGGGAGACUCUGCGGGCACAGACUGAAACACUGAGAGUGAACACGAUCCUGAUGAGGGAGAAGGUGAAGAUUUUCCAGCUGGUUGAUCGAUACGCUGAGCUCACUCUCAUUUCUACUGUUCGAGAUCGGAGACUUGUGAAACAUGAGCUGCUGGCAAGAGGCUGGGACCAUGAACAGUGGAGAGAGAAAUAUCUCCGGAGAGAGCUGGAAAAAAUCCAGAUUAAUCAGUUGUUCCAGAGCAGCUUUUCCCGGAGUAAAUCCAGAUCUGGGAGUUCAGCAGCAGUGGUCGGAGUGCCGGGUAUCGGAAAAACAACAAUGGUGCAAAAGAUUGUUUAUGACUGGGCCACAGGGAAAAUAUACCAACACUUCCAGUUUGUCUUCAGUUUCAAAUUCCGGGAUUUAAACUCCAUUAACUGCAGAAUAAAUCUGAGGGAACUGAUUCUGGAUCAGUAUCCUUACUUCAGGAAUAUUCUGGGAGAGGUCUGGAAGAAUCCAGAGGGAUUGAUGUUUAUAUUCGAUGGUUUGGAUGAAUUCAAGCACAGAAUCGAUUUUGCUGACAGUCAGAGAGACACAGAACCUCAGCACAUGUGCCCAGAUCCCGAGUGGUGGUGUGAAGUGUCUGACAUUGUGUACGGUUUAAUCCAGCACAAGCUGCUCCCAGGGUGUUCAGUACUGGUGACCACCCGCCCAACUGCGUUACAUUUACUGGAAAAGGCGGAGAUCAGUGUCUGGGCUGAAAUCCUGGGAUUUGUCGGUGAGGAACGGAAGGAAUAUUUUCACAGGUUUUUUGAAGAUCAGACGGUGGCAGCAGCUGUUUUCAAACACGUGGAGGAGAACGAGAUCCUGUACACCAUGAGCUACAACCCCUCCUAUUGCUGGAUCCUCGGUCUGACACUGGGCCCUUUCUUCACACAAAGACACAGGGACACGCAGCCAGUUCCCAAGACUAUCACCCAACUCUAUUCCUACUAUAUAUACAACAUCCUGAAAAACCACAGCCGUGAUAUUGAAAGCCCCCGUGAUCUGUUACUGAGGGUUGGUCAGAUGGCCUUCACAGGAGUAUCCGAGAAGAAGAUUGUGUUUACAGAUGGAGAUUUGAUCAUGUACAAUCUGAAGCCUUCCCAGUUCCUGUCUGGGUUCCUGAUGGAACUUUUGGAGAGAGAGGAUUGUGCCCGGAGCGUGGUGUACACAUUCCCACACCUCACCAUCCAAGAGUUUGUAGCCGCACUCGCACAAUUCCUGACUCCGCUUUCCGAGGAUAUCCUUACACUCCUCACUGAAGCCCACAGCACGACCGACAGGCGAUUUGAGGUAUUUCUCCGUUUUGUUGCUGGUCUCUCCUCUCCAGCAUCAGCUCGGGGGCUGGAGGAGUUUCUGGGUCCAUUUCCCCAUCAAACAACCUGCCGAGUGAUUGACUGGAUGAAGGAGGAGGUGAAACAUCAGAUUGGAAACACAGGGAGUGAAGCUGCUCAAAGGAGCCUCCUGAACACGCUGCACUACCUGUUUGAAUCUCCGAACCGUGUACUGGCUCAGGCCGCAUUGGGAUCUGUGGAAACACUUUCAUUCAGUAAAUUGCGACUGACCCCGAUUGACUGUGCCGUCCUGUCUCAUGUCCUUGGGCUCUCUGAUACAAUAAAACACCUCGAUCUUGUGGGCUGCCACAUUCAGCGUGAAGGGCUCCAGCGGCUGGGACCUGGGCUGCACAAAUGCCAAUAUUUGGAACUGGGGAAAAACGACCUGGGAGAUUCGGGAGUGAAACUGAUGUCUGCGGCUCUGAGGGACCCGGAGUGUACAAUACAGACAUUGGGGCUGAGGGAUGUCGGUCUCACAGAUUCUGGUGCCAAGGAUCUCGCCUCCGCUCUCAGUACAAACCGCUCACUGACGGAGCUGGACCUGAAUGAUAAUAACCUGGGAGAUUCGGGAGUGAAACUGGUGUCUGCGGCUCUAAGCGACCCAGAGUGUAAAAUACAGAAACUGCGGUUGUGGGGGAACAAUCUCACAGAUUAUGGUGCCGAGGAUCUCACCUUCGCUCUCAGUACAAACCGCUCACUGAUGGGGCUGGACCUGGGAUCAAACUCCCUCACAGACCGAUCAGUCCCCGCUCUCUGCCGCCUCAUCCUGACCCUCCCGAGUCUGCAGUGGAUCUGGCUGGAGGGGAAUUGGUUCAGUCUGACUGGGGCGAAGGAAUUGAGGUCGUUGCUAGAACCCAGACCCGGACGGAGGGUGAUCCUGUGAACGUCCCAAUGUACAGACAUCCCCGCCCGCAGGAUGGGAAUAUUUUUGGCCGGUUUCCCGCCCUCCCCUUUAAAAGUGCUCUCCCGGUUUAAAUCCCAAUGGCCGUAGCGGAGCGCGCGCCUCUUCCCGCUGUGACGUCAGGGAGAGUCCCACUGACACGUGAACCGAGCACUGCCACGUAUUUUCGGACUGGCUGUCCCCUAGUGGGGCUCUGAGGAAUUACACAGACAGGAAUGUCCCAGGACAGACAUUUAAUAUUCGGGUGGGGCUGAGUACGGGAGACCAGUACUGGCAUUCUGUGUCCGUGGUGGCGCUCGGUCUUGGACACGAGUGAUGGCAUUCAGUGCCCUGCUCGCGGGCUCAAUCUGGGACACCAGUAAUGCCAUUGAGUGAGACGGGGGGCGCAAUUAGCCGGGUUUGGAACCUUUCUGGCCACGUUGCUGAGGGGAUCGGGUGUAAUUUUUCCUCCAUUGAGCAGCCUGCGUAUAGAUUAGUGAUAAUUUGUAAAACACUUCAAUAGAUAACCCCAGACCUGUAGCUUUCUCGGACAUGGCCCUGAAGUGUGAUUUAUAAUCAGUCUGCUGUUAAUUUGAGUGAAGACAGAGAGCAUCCGGCAACUCCUUCUGGUGCGGAAUGACGUUGACUGAUUAUUCAACCUGCCACUCAUUGUCGCUUGUCUGUUAAUUGUGCGCGAAUGGCACUGAAUUGUAAGCAGCUUAUUUUACUAGCACAUCAGAAAAUCACUAAGUGAUGAUUUAUAUUCGAUAAAAGUGAGCUCAAUAAAGCA